GAGAGUAUGUGUGUGUCUCAGGAUCAUUAAAGCAGCAGGUGAUGAGGGAAGGGGACAGGCCACACCCCCACAGGGACGACAGACAGGUAAACAAGAGCAGCUCUGUUCCAUCACACUGACAACACACUCACUAAUGAUCUCAACAACGUCCAGCACGGCUGACAUGGUUACACAAGGAAAAUUUCAGAUCAACGCCGAGGACAAUGUCGAAGAUAAAAACUCAGGCAGGCUGGGAUGUUUCGGCUGGAUUUUGGUCAUCUUUUCCCUCCUCUUUAUAGGAGUGACCUUCCCCAUCACACUCUUCAUGUGUGUUAAGAUAGUGAAUGAGUACGAGCGAGCCGUCAUUUUCAGACUCGGACGGAUAACAGACAGGAAACCUAAAGGCCCAGGACUUUUCUUCGUUCUGCCCUGCACUGAUAACUUUGUGAAGGUUGAUUUGAGAACUGUGUCCUUUGACAUCCCUCCACAAGAGAUUCUGACCAGAGACUCAGUGACAGUAUGUGUGGAUGGUGUGGUUUACUUUCGUAUACAUUGCCCCAUCUCCUCCGUGGCCAAUGUGUCCAACGCACACUCAUCCACACGUCUGCUGGCUCAAACCACCCUGAGGAAUGUGCUCGGCACUAAAAACCUGGCGGAGUUGCUGUCUGACAGAGAGGGAAUAUCACUCAGCAUGCAGGAAUCUCUGGAUGAAGCCACAGACCCGUGGGGCAUUAAGGUGGAGCGUGUGGAGAUAAAGGAUGUGAAGUUGCCCCAGCAGCUGCAGAGAGCCAUGGCAGCAGAGGCCGAGGCCAGCAGGGAGGCUAGAGCUAAGAUUAUUGCUGCAGAAGGAGAGAUGAAUGCGUCGCGGGCUCUGAAAGAAGCCUCUCUGGUUAUCGCUGAGUCGCCUUCUGCUCUGCAGCUAAGAUACCUGCAGACCCUCAACGCCAUCGCAGCCGAGAAGAACUCCACCAUCAUCUUCCCCCUGCCCAUAGAUGUGAUGUCAAACUUUAUGCAGAGAAAGUGAGAUAGGCUCUACUAUUAUUGUUAUAUUUAUAAAUAUAACACAGGAUAGAAUAAAAUAAUCAUAUAUUAUAAUAUCCAAACCAGAACUCCCUUUUGUGCACUUAUUUUCUUAUUGUGAUUUAAUACUUGAAUACAAAGUGCAACAUAGACAGUUUAGACAUUAGUGUCUCAUCACUGAUCACAAUAUUUUCACCAGCUAAGCUACAGGUGCAGUUCUUGAGGAAAACAGAAAGAUAAAUCAAAUGCACAAGAAAUGUAAACACAAAUAAUGUACAACAUUAUAAAGACAUGCGUUCAUAAAAACUCAUCCAUAACUCCUGAACUACUGAGGAGGCUCUUUACAAGAGAAGUCCUGUAAACAAUGAACAAAAGUCCAGACGUCACAUGAAACAACAUCCUUCUCCGACAUUGGAUGUAAACUGUAGAAACAGCUCUUCUUCUCGUGUUUGACAAACAUUCAGUUAAUGAGCACAUGGCCAUGUCCACGGGACACAGAGACAAUCAGUGCAAUCAGAGGACCUGAUGGAAAGAGAAAUCUUUUCCAAUCAUUUUCCUUAAAGUUGAGCCCACAGAGUCAAACACUAUCAACUUGUCCUGACAGAAAAUGCAAAUCACCUCCAACCGCGUCCCUGUUGAAGCUGUUUACCACAUUUGGUGUGUCUUAUGGAGCUGAUCUUUAUAUCAUAUUACUAUAAUCAAGUAAUAAUUCUUCAAUCUAUCUUUGCAUACUGCACCAAUCCCUUUCAAAUGGUUUCACAUAUUCUUUACAUCCAAAUCAUUUUUCACAAAGGAUAUCUUGCAAAAGUGACACUUGAGCUGAGAGGUUCUGUAAACAUAGGCAAACAAAUGAAAUAAAAAAAAAUGUACAAUUCAUUCAAAUUAAAAAGCUAUGGCAGUU